AUGAUAAAAACAACAUUCAAUUUUUCGGGUUUAUUCCCCGAAUGUAGAAAUGAAUUUGAUAAACUGUGGUUUAAAUCGCAAAGAGAUAGAGAUCGUACUUCGUAUUCAGCAAUUUGUAGUGAUUUUAGAAUUAAUAUACAACAAAAUUCUUAUUGGUACGAUACAUCUCUAGAAAAUAUUUGCAUACAACUUCUUUAUUAUUUAAAUUAUAUAGAUAGCAAAAUACAGGAUGUAAAUUAUAACCUAAGAGAAAAUUGUAUUUAUUUCUAUUACAAACUAAAAUAUAUAGUUCAUAAGUAUGGAGGUUCAUGUGGAACAUCAAAAAAUUGUUACAAUGUAAUGAGAAAUGCAAAAAAAACUGUCAGAAUAAAUAUAUCUGAUGUAUGCAUGCAGCAUUUUACCGAUAUUGAUGAACAAACAUUAAAAAUAAUAGAAAUUCUAGAUGAAAUAUAUAACUGGAUUAAUCUUUUUACAAAUAGACAGCAUAGAAGCACUAAAAAUAUGCGUGAUUUUAAAAGAUGCUUUGAAAAAUUAGAACAACAUCCUUAUAAAAAUAGAAGCCAUGUUAAGGAAGAACUCGAAAAAAUUAUUGAAGUAUGUGAAGGGUAUAGAAAUUCUUGGAAGAGUUGUCCGAUUGGAAGACAUGCCUUAGAUUACUUAACUCACGAUUGGAUACAACAAAAAAGAAUGAAUAUUAAUCGCACUUAUACAGAAAUAACAGGGAAUGAAGAGCGACUCCGAGAAACAUUGAUGCCCAAAGCCUUAGGAUCUGAUAUUUCGAUGAGCUAUGUAAUAGAUGAUGUAGAAAACACAGGAAUAAAACCAAAGGUAUGGAAAUUAAGAAGAAAGUUUUAUAAGAACAAAAAAAAUAAUGUAGAUUUUAUGUAUUCAUUUGAUGUCGAACACAAAAAUACAAUUGAUGAUAGAUAUAAAAUAGCAUAUAGUUAA